AUUAAAAAGAAAUAAUAAAGUCGAUUUACGUCUCUCACGGUAACUCUGUCGUUUUCCUCACACUCUCAGAGACAGAGGAGAGAGAGAGAGAGAGAAGCAGAGGUCUCAUGGCGAAGCAGCUUCUUUCCCAGCUUCCUCUCCACAGUCACUACUUCCUCCACUACGGUGCCGUUUUGUAGCUUCUCCACGACAAAAUGCCGCAACCACAUUCCUCCAGUCUCUCACCGACACUUUCAUAGAUUCUACAGAAGAAGAUAAUAUUAGUUAAGGGGCUUGUCAAUGGAGCAUUACGAGGUUCUUGAGCAGAUUGGGAAAGGGUCCUUUGGCUCAGCUCUUCUUGUGAGGCAUAAGCAUGAGAAGAAACUGUAUGUUUUGAAGAAAAUCAGGUUGGCUAGGCAGACUGGUAGAACAAGAAGAUCUGCUCAUCAAGAGAUGGAACUAAUCUCAAAGAUACGAAACCCAUUUAUCGUGGAAUAUAAAGACUCUUGGGUUGAAAAAGGCUGCUAUGUGUGCAUUGUUAUAGGCUAUUGCAAAGGCGGUGACAUGGCCGAAGCAAUAAAGAAAGCCAACGGAGUAGAAUUCUCUGAAGAGAAACUCUGCAGGUGGCUGGUACAACUCUUGAUGGCUCUUGAGUACUUGCACGCCAGUCACAUUCUCCAUCGUGAUGUCAAGUGUUCAAACAUAUUCUUGACAAAGGAUCAAGAUAUACGUCUAGGUGACUUUGGACUUGCCAAGAUCUUGACAUCAGACGACCUUGCUUCUUCAGUGGUUGGAACGCCAAGCUACAUGUGCCCUGAGCUACUUGCUGAUAUUCCCUACGGAUCAAAGUCUGAUAUUUGGUCGUUAGGAUGUUGUAUGUAUGAGAUGACGGCUCUGAAACCAGCAUUCAAAGCCUUUGACAUGCAAGGGCUGAUCAACAGGAUAAACAGAUCCAUCGUUGCUCCACUUCCUGUGCAAUAUUCUAUUGGCUUUCGAGGUUUGGUUAAAAGCAUGCUCAGGAAGAAUCCAGAACUCAGACCAAGCGCUUCUGAUCUUCUCAGACACCCACUGCUUCAGCCCUACGUUGAAAAGGUUCUUCUCAAGGUGAGCUACCGAGGACAAGGUGAGUUACCAGAGUCUGAAUCCGCAAGGAGAAGAAGCUAUCCUGAGCAGAGAAGGCGUCCUUCUGGCAAAUGCAAGAGCUAUGGUCCAAGCAGGUUCGAGGUUGACCAGGAGGAUUCUGUUUCUUCUGUUAAACCCCUGCACACGUAUUUGAACAGGCGCAAACCAGUGGAUUUGUCUACCAAGGUUGUUCGUAGACCAGCUGUUUCCAAAACGUCAGGGGUUUCUUACAGUUCAAAACAUGUGCCAGUGAGAUCAAGCCAGCCUAAGAGUGGUGGUCUGAAACCAGCUGCAACUACUCGUAGGGCCUCCUUGCCCGUCUCACAAAAACCUACAAAAGGAACAAAAGACACUCUGUACACUCCAACCAUCGGUAUACUCCAUCAACUAAACUCUCCAGACGUCUCCGUAAACUCGCCAAGAAUCGACACAAUCAAGUUCCCACUAGCUUCAUACGAAGAAAUGCCUUUCACUCCCGUUGUGCGCAACAAGAAGACCAAAGGAUCUUCCAAAGGAUCAUACAGCCCGCCUCCAGAGCCGCCACUAGACUGCUCAAUCACAAAAGACAAGUUCACUCUUGAACCAGAACGUUUGUCUGAUCAGAACGCGACUGCUGGAGGAGCGUCAAGCAGGGCUUCCUCGGGUGCAUCAAGGAGUAGACAGAGGUUUGAUCCCAGCUCGUAUCAGCAACGCGCUGAGGCGCUUGAGGGGUUGCUUGAGUUCAGCGCGAGGUUGCUUUUGGAUGAGAGGUAUGAUGAGCUGAAUGUGUUGCUGAAACCGUUUGGUCCGGGGAAAGUGUCGCCUAGAGAGACGGCGAUAUGGUUGUCUAAGAGUUACAAGGAAACUAGUUCUAGUAAGCAGGAAGGUUAAUGAAGAUGGGUUCAAAGGCCUUUUUUGAAACUUGUUGAGGUUCCACGAUUUGAUAGAAGUUGUUUGACAGUUAGGCUGUGUUUCUUUGAAGCUAACCCAUGUAUCUGAUGAAACAAUGAUAUUCAAGAAAGACUGAUAGAUUGUAAUCGUUAUUCCACUUAGACCUUUUGAACCACAUAGUUCAAGUAAGAAGUAUAAAUUGCAUUUUAAGUA